CUGUGGUGGCAGCGGAGGACUCGCACUUAGACCAACAUCCUCCACAUUGUCCGCCGCACUGCCGCGGUCUCCCCGGGUUAGAACACGCUCUCACGCCGAGAGAAGAGCAGCGCAGAGCGGGGCCUCCUGUCUGUUCCCACCGGGACGGAAACUUUAAAGCCCGGAGAGGAGCCAUGCUGCCGGACGACACAACAACAACAACCCCGCGGACAUAAGCGACACCGAGGAGCAGAAAGUAGCUUCCACCUCCCCGACACCACAGAGACGAAGGAGGGGGAGAAGAAGGAGAAGGAGAAGAAGCGGCUGCACGCCCGCUUUAUUGUGUUUUUUAUUUAGGAGAACAACGGCCUGAAAGACGGCGUCUGGCCUGAGGAGAAGCUCCGAGGUCGGGGACUCCGGUCGGAGCAACGUUCAUCGUUUCUGGCCUCCCCUACCCGAGAGCUCCAUGGAGAAGAUGAAGCGGUUCAAGAGACGUCUCUCUCAGACAUUACGAGGCAGCCACACCAUUGACGAGUCGCUGUCUGAGCUGGCUGAGCAGAUGACCAUCGAGGAAAACGGCCUGAAGGACAGCGAGCCCAUAGUGAGGAAUGGUCGUCCUCCGUCUGCCCACAGCGUCCACUCCUUCCUCCAUCAGUACACAGGAUCCUUCAAAAAGCCACCGCUGCGACGACCUCAAAGUGUUAUCGGAGGAGGCCUCGGGUCUCUCAUGGCCAUGCCUCGCAAUGGCAGUCGCCUUGACAUCGUCCACGAGAACCUGAAGAUGGGGUCCGAUGGGGAGAGCGACCAGGCAUCAGGGACGUCCUCUGACGAGGUGCAGUCGCCCACGGGUGUUUGUCUGAGGAACCGAGGGAACAGACGCAUCUCUGCAGAGGACCUGAACAAACGUCUGUCUCUUCCGGCCGACAUCCGGAUACCUGAUGGUUACUUAGAAAAACUGCAGCUGAGCAGCCCAUCCUUCGACCAGCCGCUGAGCCGACGCUCCCGCAGAGCAUCACUGUCAGAAAUAGGAUUUGGGAAGCUGGAAACCUACAUCAAACUGGACAAACUGGGGGAGGGCACAUACGCUACCGUCUUCAAAGGGAGGAGUAAGCUGACAGACAACCUUGUGGCGCUGAAGGAAAUCAGACUGGAGCACGAGGAGGGGGCACCGUGCACAGCGAUCCGAGAAGUGUCGUUACUGAAGGAUCUGAAACACGCCAACAUCGUGACGCUGCACGACAUCAUCCACACAGAGAAGUCACUGACACUGGUCUUCGAGUACCUGGACAAAGACCUGAAGCAGUACAUGGACGACUGUGGGAACAUCCUGAGCAUGCAGAAUGUCAAGAUUUUUCUGUUCCAGAUCCUGCGAGGCUUGGCGUACUGUCACAAACGGAAAGUUCUUCACAGAGACCUGAAGCCCCAGAAUCUGCUCAUCAACGACAGAGGAGAACUCAAACUGGCCGACUUUGGGCUGGCGAGGGCGAAGUCUGUGCCCACUAAAACAUACUCUAACGAGGUGGUAACACUCUGGUAUCGGCCUCCCGACGUGCUGCUCGGCUCCUCUGAGUACUCUACACAGAUAGACAUGUGGGGUGUGGGUUGCAUAUUCUAUGAGAUGGCCGCCGGCAGGCCCCUGUUUCCAGGCUCCACGGUGGAGGACGAGCUGCACCUCAUCUUCAGGCUUCUAGGCACUCCGACAGAAGACAGCUGGCCUGGAAUAUCCUCUAUUGACGAGUUCAAGUCCUACAAGUUCCCCAAAUAUAAGCCCCAGCCCCUCAUAAACCAUGCACCCAGGUUGGACACUGAUGGCAUUGACCUGCUGAUGUCAUUCCUAAAAUACGAGUCCAAAAAGAGGAUGUCUGCCGAUGAAGCAAUGAGACAGCCGUACUUCAGGAGCCUCGGGCCACGUGUGCUCCCGCUGCCAGAGAGCAUAUCCAUAUUCACACUGAAGGAGGUUCAGCUGCAGAGGGAUCCCGGCUACCGGAACUCAUCGUACCCAGAGUCAGGCAACGGAAAGAGCAGAAGACAAAGUAUGCUGUUUUAGACUCCCUGGACUCUUUUUUUUGUUUUGACCAUUUGACCAUUUGGGAAGGAUUUCCAAACUGUACAGUCUCGCCAAUGGAUCAGAGAUCUGAGAUGGAUGUUGGCGUUGAGCAGUACCUUCAUCUUCCUCAUCACUCCCCCUCAAACUUACUUGGGAAUCUUGUCCACAGUGCGACCCCUCCCCCUCCUGCCCUCUAGAAGAGACGUUUAUAUACUGUACAUCUAUAUUUAUUGAGAAGAGAAUUUGCUGCUAAAUCCAACUACUGUUUAGAAUUCUAAUGGACUCGGUCACUUUAAUGAGAACAUGCAAUGUAUAUAGAUUUCCUUUUUUUGAAGUGGUGGUAUUUUCAGUUGUUUAUUUUUUUUCAUUUCCAUUUUCAUACAUAAAGACUCCUCCACCUCAAA